GACAAAAGACUACAUUUCCCAGAAUACACUUCGAUUUUGCGCAUGCGUAAUCGGGCGGUAGCAUGGCGUGUGGAGUGUAGUCACGUGGAGAUGGUCCACCUCGAUUCUGUCCAAACAGAACGUGAGUGAGUGAGUAGCUACUACUAGCAGUCUGGCUGUAGGAGCGCCGCAGGGCUGCCUAACCGAUUCAUGUUGUUUUUUUAGCCACGCGUCCCUUUAAACUUGACAAUUUUAUCGAAGAAUGAGUGAUAACGAUGAUAUCGAAGUCGACAGUGACGAAGACUCACCGAGAUAUCACAAUGUGGCAGACAAACGGGCACACCACAAUGCGCUGGAGCGCAAGCGUAGGGACCACAUCAAAGACAGCUUUCACAGCCUCCGGGACUCUGUGCCUGCCUUGCAGGGAGAAAAGGUUGGUAACAGUACUGGUGCGCACCAAAACAGCGCGUCUCGAGCUCAAAUCUUAGACAAAGCCACAGAGUACAUCCAGUACAUGAGACGAAAAAAUCACACGCACCAGCAAGACAUCGACGACUUGAAGAGGCAGAACGCGCUGCUGGAGCAGCAAGUGCGUGCUUUGGAGAAGGUGAAGGGCUCGGCGCAGCUCCAGGCCAACUACUCCUCGUCCGACAGCAGCCUCUACACGAACCCGAAAGGCAGCACCGUGUCGGCGUUCGACGGCGGCUCCGACUCCAGCUCCGAGUCUGAACCCGAGGAGCCUCCCAACCGCAAGAAGCUGCGCGCGGAGGCCAGCUAGAAAGCGCCCGGCGCUCCGAAAAGCAGGUGAAAGGCCGGAGUCGCGGCCUCACGGGAAAGGCGAGAGGAAGCCUUGAAACGCGCUCGAGGCUUUUUGACCUUUCCACCCGACGCCCACCGCACACCCACUGUCCUUGCGCCCUACCCUGCCCUCCCCCUUCUGGGUGGGCUCGCACUGGAGACUCAUGACCCUUCCUCAAAAGUCCUCACAACCGCCACCACAAUCGUCUCCGAGAACAAGGAGGGGGGAGGCCAGCGGGAUGGGAGCUCUUCAACGUCCCGGCCCCACAAUUAAUAUUUUAUUCAUGCAGCAAUUCAACCCCCCCCCCCCCCAAAAAAAAAGAGGCAGCUUGGCUACUUAAGAACUUUUUCAUGUUCCCCUGCCCUGCGUUUGUGUAGAGGAGCUGCGGGUAUACACCAGACAUACUUCUAAGCAUUGCCGCAGUACGUAUACAGUGGCCCCCGCUAUUGGUUGCAAAUUGUAUCGAUAAAGGACCAAGCCGGACUGCAAAUAAUUGACGCGCCGUAGGUUAUCAUAAUUCCUAUAUAAAUAAUCUACCUUAAAUAUUAGCACCAGGCGUUACAUCAAUGAUGUCGUCGCCCCCAGGGCGGCCUGCGUGGCUUUGCUUUGUAGACUGCUAAUGAAGUCGUUUUUUUUGUUUUGUUUUUAGCUGCGGUUAUGGCUGACCAUUGAGUCAUUACUGUCAAAAUAGACACUUCAGGACAACAAAUAUGUGUCGGAGAGAAAAACGCAUUAAGUCAUGAAAUAGGCGUCCCCCCCCACACCUCAAGCAAUGGAUAUGUACCCCACAAGAUGAAUUUGUGAACGCUGAAUUGUGAAUAUGCGGGGGUCUACUGUAUUUUGUUCACUUUGAACGUAGACACACACCAAAACAAUUGUUUGAAACAAGUUUAUCUUUUUGAACUACCACCAACACGUAUUGUACAUUUGCUUUUUCCACUUAAGAAUGUGAAGACCCUCCAAGGGGAAAUGUUUAGUGACACCCACCUCAGGCCCACCGGAUUGCAGAUGUUUUCUGCUGCAACACAUUUGUUCAUGAGAUUUAAGAAGGAAACAAAAAAAAAAGUUGAAAUUGAUGUUUUGAAAUAAUUUGGAUAUUCCUAAACUUGUAUUGUAUUUUGUCCUUUAGCUUGAAGUAGUGGAUGAAUUUAGGUGGCUGAAUACAUUAGGCAGCUUGUUUGAUAGACAUACAAAAAAAAAAGACUAGUGAUAAUUGGAUGUUUUCAAGCUCAAAUGUAUGUUACGCAUUUUGUAGUCAUCUCACAGGUCACGGAAGAUAUCACUUCAACCGAAAUGUUCCAAAGUAGCUCCUGUCGUUUGCAGUCCCAGGAAGCCAAUGAAGCCCCACUCCCUUGUUGAUGUGUUGUGCUUUACAAAGUUCCAAAAUCCGUGUUGCUGAAACCUUCCCCAAGAAAAUUUAAAACAAACAAAAAAAAAAAGGCUUUUUUGAGUGUCUGGGAAGAAUGUGUCUGUACAUCAUUUCCAUUUUCUUUCCAUUCAGAAUAUGAUUAGUGUACCGGGUCUUUGUCUGAUUCCAUUCCAUGGAAAUUACAAGUAUGUUGUACAUACUGCCAACAAUUGUCUUGCAAGUUGAGGCCUACCUUUAAUACGAGACUAUAAAAUAAACUAUUUUAUCCUUUAA